AAGCAAGACAGAGAACAAAGUUUCAAAUUUUGAAAAUCUUUUUUCGUUAUUUCUCUUUCUUUCUUUCUUUCUUUCUCUGUUUCGUGUUUGUUCGAAUCCAUGGCGGCUCGCGUGAAGACGGAGGUCGUAGAUCCGCCGCUUGGCGACGGCGUUUCGAAGCCUCCUCUUCAUCCUCCCCCGGUGAUCGACCUCGAUAGCAGCAGCAGCAGCGACGAGUCGGACCCGGAACCGGAUCCCGAACCGGACCCUGACUCGGACGACGGCGGAGGCGCCGGAGGAAACGGCGCGGCGGAGAAGAUGAGAGUGGAGGGGCUAGAAGUGGGGUUGCCGAUCGAAUUCGCCGAUCCUCUUCGGCCGCUGGCGGUGGCUGAGCCUAGGGAAUCGGACCUCAAGGUGGCUUCUUCUUCGUUGCAGGGAUGUAAGCAGUUCUGGAAGGCCGGGGAUUACUUGGGUGCUCCGUGCGGCGAUUGGGAUUCUUCGUCCGGUGGGAUGGAUCAUGUCAGGGUUCAUCCGAAGUUUCUUCAUUCAAAUGCGACCAGUCAUAAGUGGUCUCUUGGAGCUUUUGCUGAGCUACUUGACAAUGCAUUGGAUGAGGUCUGCUAUGGUGCUACAUUUGUUAACAUAGAUAUGAUUGUAAAUAAGAAAGAUGGGAGCAAUAUGUUGCUGAUUGAAGAUAAUGGUGGUGGGAUGGAUCCGGAUAAGAUGCGGCAUUGCAUGUCACUGGGGUAUUCUGUGAAAAGCAAAAUAGCAAACACCAUUGGACAGUAUGGAAAUGGUUUUAAAACUAGUACCAUGAGACUGGGAGCAGAUGUGAUUGUGUUUUCACGCUGCCGGGGAAAAGAGGGGAAAAGACCUACACAGAGCAUUGGGCUGCUGUCAUACACAUUUUUGAGGAGCACAGGAAAGGAAGAUAUUGUAGUUCCCAUGCUUGACUAUGAAAGUGAAGGAGGAAGAUGGAGAAAGAUGAUUCGAUCUUCUCUCGGCGAUUGGAACAAAAACGUGGAAACAAUACUUCAAUGGUCUCCAUUUUCUACUGAGGCAGAUCUUCUUCAUCAGUUUUCUGUGAUGAAUGAUCAUGGAACACGAAUAAUCAUAUACAAUCUUUGGGAGGACGAUCAGAGAUACUCGGAGCUCGAUUUUGGUGCCGAUCAACAUGAUAUUCAAAUUAGAGGGGUCAAUCGAGAUGAGAAGAAUAUACAAAUGGCAAAAAAGUUUCCCAACUCUCGUCAUUUCUUGACUUAUCGGCACUCACUGAGGAGCUAUGCAUCAAUUUUGUAUCUGAGGCUUCCUCCUGGAUUUCGAAUCAUUCUUCGAGGAAAGGAUGUUGAGCACCACAAUAUAGUAAAUGAUAUGAUGUACUCUGAGAAGGUUACAUACCGGCCACAACAUGGUGCUGAUGGGAUCCCAAAAGAUACAAAUAUGAUGGCUGUAGUCACCAUUGGGUUUGUCAAGGAUGCGAAGCACCAUAUCGAUGUUCAAGGAUUCAAUGUCUAUCACAAGAAUCGGCUGAUUAAGCCUUUUUGGAGGCUUUGGAACGCUGCAGGAAGUGAUGGUCGUGGAGUUAUAGGGGUCUUGGAAGCUAACUUUGUUGAACCGGCUCAUGAUAAACAAGGAUUUGAACGGACAACAGCUCUUGCAAGACUUGAGGCACGACUGAUACAGAUGCAAAAGACUUACUGGAGAGACAAGUGUCAUGUGAUUGGUUAUGCACCGAGACGUAAUGAGAAGGUCUCCAGUGGCAAUAAAGAAACUUCUCCUGAUUACCUUUCUGAAACUCCGGCAUCUAAGGGAAAAGGUGCUAGGACAAGCAACAGAAAAGAAACCCCAAUUUCUGACAAAACUCAUUCACACAACCAGACACAUCAAAGACAAGCGUCAAAAGGAGCAUCCACUGUAAAUGGAUAUGGAAAACAUGUGUCGAGUGGAGAUGAUGAUGAUGUAGGGAAUACCCCAAUAUCUGGGAAAAGAAAACGUAUUUCUAAAUCAUCAUUUUCUCCUGCUGACUAUAUUAGUGAUGAGUCUGAUGACGAGAUGCAUAAUUCCGUACCCAAGAAACAAGCAAAUUGUAGCAAUAGCAAGAAAACCCCUGGUACCGGGCAUGUUUCUUCAAGCUUGGAAUUGCGUGCUUUGGAGCGAUUGAGAGAAGAGAAUUAUGAAUUAAAGGAAAGAUUGAAGAAAUCUGAAGGAACUAUUUUAGCUGAUCUGAGGCGGGAAUUGCAGGAUGAAAAAGGCAAGUGCAACUCUCUUGAGACAGAGCUCAAACAAGCACAUCAUAAGAUCGAGGAAUUGAACAAGGAACAAGACAAUCUCAUUGAUUUAUUCGCUGAGGAAAGGGAUCGACGAGACGACGAAGAGAGAAAUCUGAGAAAGAAGCUGCAGGAUGCGUCCCAUACGAUCGAGGAAUUACGUGACAAGGUAAGGCUGCUAGAAAAGGCGAAGCUGCCGAAUAGAAAAGCGGUACGCUGAGAAUGAAAUGUUCUGUUGGUUUUGAGUUGCUGCGAUCUUGAUUCCACUUGUGGAAUCCCAGUUUUUGAUUGACGUCAGCGAAAAUGGUCGCUUUUGGGGUUCCGAUCAAAUCUGACGUAGGGAGCUAGAAUCACUAGUUGUGCAGCUGAUGUAUUAUUAUUUUUGUUUGGUGUUAAUUGUUUUACUUUGUAACUGAUUCCUCUUCUUGGAUAAAUUACGUUAGACCCAACGAGGAAAACAGAGAUACAAAAU